AUGAUGAAUGCGACAAGCGCUGAUCAGGCUCCGGCCCAGACACCGAAUACGGCUGCGGCUGCAGCUCCAGCUGUUACUCCAGCUUCAGAGCAGCAACUACAAAUACAAACACAACUACAGCAACAGCAGCAGCAGAAGAAAACUGCUUCAUCCGAGAACGAACCCCGGAAACGCACGCCGGCCAUGACGCGUGACCGACACAACCAGCAGUCGCUGGGCGCAUCACUCAAUACCUCUGUCAAGCAGGCUCGUGUGCUCAUGGUUGGUGCUGGCGGAAUUGGAUGCGAGUUGCUCAAGAAUCUGGUCCUCACAGGCUUUGGCGAAAUACAUAUUGUUGACCUCGAUACCAUCGACCUUUCGAAUCUGAACCGACAGUUUCUUUUCCGUCACGAGCACAUAAAAAGAUCCAAGGCUCUAGUGGCCAAGGAGGCAGCAGAACGGUUCAAUCCCAAUGUCAAAAUUGUCGCACACCAUGGCAAUAUAAAGGACGAUGAAUUCACUGUGGCCUGGUUCCAGCAAUUCCGCAUUGCUUUCAAUGCUCUUGAUAACCUCGAAGCGCGCAGGCACGUCAAUAAGAUGUGCCUGGCAGCUGAUGUACCCCUGAUCGAGAGUGGCACCACCGGAUUCAAUGGCCAGGUGCAGGUUAUCAAAAAAGGCGUUACUGCAUGCUACGACUGCACUCCGAAGGAAGCACCCAAGUCCUUCCCUGUGUGUACAAUUCGAAGCACCCCCAGCCAACCCAUCCACUGCAUUGUAUGGGGUAAAAGUUAUUUGCUCAACGAGAUAUUUGGCACAAGUGAAGAUCAGGCCGCGUUUGACCACUCAACAGAUGCUGACAAUGCCAAGGAGAUUGAGGAGUUGAAGAAAGAAUCGGAAGCCCUCAAGAUGAUUCGGGAUGCUACUGGCACGUCCAAGUUCCCUCAGAUGCUAUUUGACAAGGUGUUCAACGCCGACAUCGAGCGACUACGUUCCGUGGAGGGGAUGUGGACAUCCCGGCGAGCUCCUGAAUCUCUUCGAUAUCAGACCAUUCUCGCGCAGGCUGGCGAUGCUAUCGCCAACAAGGACAAGAUUCUAAAUGACGAUCAGCGGGUUUGGUCCCUGGAAGAGAGUCUAGCGGUCUUCAAUGACAGUCUUGACCGACUAAGCAAGCGGAUUCUUGAACUCAAGAAGAACAAAAAUCCCGAAGACCCCGACCCCACAAUCACAUUUGACAAGGAUGAUAUUGAUACCCUCGACUUUGUGACAGCAAGCGCCAACAUUCGCUCAACAAUCUUUGGAAUUGACAAGAAGUCUCGUUUCGAUACCAAACAGAUGGCAGGCAACAUUAUUCCAGCGAUUGCCACAACCAACGCAAUCGUCGCUGGUCUCUGUGUUCUUCAGUCCUUCAAAGUUCUGAAGGGCGAGUAUGCACAGUCUAAGGAGGUCUUCCUGACCCCCUUUGCCCCAGCUCGACUCCUGGCCCCUGAUAGGUCCAGAGAGCCAAAUCCCGAAUGCCCCGUUUGCGGUGUUCACUUCACAACUAUUGUUGCAGAUCUGUCUCGGGCGACUCUCAAGGAUCUCGUUGAUGACAUCGUCUUGUCAAAACUGGGAUUUGAAGGCAAGGAGUUUGUCGUGAACAAUGACAUAGGAACCUUGGUUGAAUGUUUUGAAGACGGCGACGACGAGAAUCUACCCAAAAAGCUGACUGAUCUCGGUAUUAAGAAGGACUCGUUCUUGACUGUCAUCGACCAGGACGACGAAGACACGUUCGUCAAUGUGGUUAUUAAUGUCCAAGAAGGUACAUUGAAAGAAGACGAGAAACCGGUCAAGGCUACAUUCCCGGAUGUCCCUGAGAUUCCACGCCGACCAAAGAAGCUCCAACCAGUCUCCGCGAAUGGCAAUGGGGAACUCAACAACGGGCAGGCCGUUAGUGCCGAGCCGAAGGGUAUCAAGAGACCGCAUGGAGAGGACGCUGAACCACCUCUCAAGAAACUCAAGAUCACCGAACCCGGAACCGAUAUUGUAGACGUGGACGAAGUCCAAAGCCAUGCCGCCGGCGGCGCUAUCGUCAUUGACGAUUGA